AAAAAGGAGAUUAUCGGAAAGAAGAAGCAACUGACGUUUCCAAUUUUAGUGAAAGGGGAUCAUCGUCUCCCAAUUCUCUUUCUCCAAAUUCAGAUCGGCGACAUGAAAUUCCAUCUGUUGGACUUGGAGUCGAUCUUUUUCUAUUCUGGGCUCGAUUAAUCCUACAAAUGCGCUCCCACUUUGAUGUUGCGCCGCGGUAUUCGUUCAUUUCCUCGCUUGGAUUAGAUUAGAUUAGAUUCCAUUGGAUAAUACACAUUCCGUCAUGCACUAAAUAAAUACUCUCUAUUUUUACUCGAAAGACGCGAACUUGAUUGAUUAAUCGGAGGUUCAGGAACGAUGCCGGGAGUUUGGAGAUGGACAAUUCUGAGAGAGGUGGUGGGUGUAGGGAGGUGGAGGUGCGAUCAUUCGUAUUCGCAGGUGGGGAAGCGUGGAUUGGUCAAUUGCUUGCACGCUGUGAAGCGGAGGGAAUCGUUCAUCGGAGUGCAGGCGAGAUACAAGUGGGACCAGGGCGGGGGCGGCGGCGACGACGACGAGCACCGCCCCUCUACCAGGAGAAUUAGGGCGGAGGCGAAUUGCCCUCGCUGCUCGAAGAAAAUGGAUCUCCUUUUCACCAACCGCCCUAACCACCUAGUUCCGCCCAAUUCCGAUGCACCCGAUUCAAAUGCGGAUGCACCUGAUGCUGGUAGCAAGAAUAGCAAAGAUGGUGGUGGUGGAGGUGGAGGGAAUGCUUUCCAAGCUGUAAAUCUAUGCCCCAACUGUAAGACGGCCUAUUACUUCACGCCGUACAAGAUGUCUCCACUUCAGGGAAGUUUCGUUGAGAUUGGCAGGGUUAAAAGCAGGAACUCGAAUUCCGACAAGAAAUUGAGUGAUGGUCAGGACUACGGCAAGCGUUUUCGCCCUUCCUUCUGGGAGACCUUGAGGUCGUAUGGUAGUGAGCCGCCAGAAAACUGGCCCCCGCCUCCACCCCCGCCCCAGUCCCAAUCAGGAAAUGGGAUCGCCAUGCAUACCCCACCCGGCCCACCCUUUGCCCCUGGUGUCAAUGCCAUUCGAGCAUCAGGCCCUCGAACUGGUGCUAACAAUGGAGAGAAGACCACCUGGGGUGGGUCUAAUCUUGGCCAAAACUUUCCCACACCAAAGGAGAUUUGCAAGGGGCUGGAUAAAUUUGUCAUCGGCCAGGAACGUGCCAAAAAGGUGCUUUCAGUGGCUGUGUACAACCACUACAAAAGGAUCUCUCAUGCAUCCUUACCAAAGGGGUCGGAAGCUGAACCGACCAGAUUAGAAGAUGACGAAAAUGUAGACUUGGAAAAAAGCAAUGUGUUAUUGAUGGGCCCAACUGGCUCAGGGAAAACUCUACUUGCAAAAACUCUUGCACGUUUUGUCAAUGUACCUUUUGUCAUUGCGGAUGCAACUACUUUGACACAGGCUGGUUAUGUUGGUGAAGACGUCGAAUCAAUAUUGUACAAAUUGCUCAUGGCUGCCGAGUUUAAUGUGCAAGCUGCCCAACAAGGAAUAGUCUACAUAGAUGAAGUUGAUAAGAUAACUAAGAAGGCUGAGAGCUUGAACAUCAGCAGAGAUGUUUCCGGUGAAGGUGUACAGCAGGCACUACUGAAAAUGUUGGAAGGGACUAUAGUCAACGUUCCAGAAAAAGGGGCAAGGAAGCACCCUCGGGGUGAUAACAUUCAGAUAGACACCAAAGACAUCCUUUUCAUAUGUGGAGGUGCAUUUAUUGAUUUAGAUAAAACCAUUUCUGAAAGAAGACAGGACUCAUCAAUUGGGUUUGGAGCCCCAGUGCGUGCUAACAUGAGAGCGGGUGGAGUGAUUGAUGCUGUCGUGACUUCGUCCCUACUCGAAUCUGUAGAAAGUAGUGAUCUUAUUGCAUAUGGUCUAAUUCCAGAAUUUAUUGGGCGUUUCCCCAUUUUGGUUAGUCUAUCAGCCCUUACAGAAGAUCAACUUGUUCAGGUCUUGACAGAGCCGAAAAAUGCUCUGGGCAAGCAGUACAAGAAGUUAUUUGACAUGAACAAUGUCAAGUUACACUUCACUGAGAAAGCAUUACAGCUGAUCGCCAAUAAAGCAACGGCCAAAAAUACAGGUGCUAGAGGAUUAAGAGCCAUACUGGAAGGCCUCCUUACGGAUGCUAUGUACGAGAUUCCAGAUGCCAAGACCGGAGAAGAUAGAGUAGAUGCUGUUGUGAUUGACGAAGAGUCAAUAGGCCUGACAGACGUACCUGGAUGUGGGGGGAAAUUACUUCGUGGUGAUGGUGCUCUGGAGAGAUACCAAGCAGAGGCCAGCGCCAAAGAAAGCACGCAAGGAAAAGCAGCAGCUGACGUUGAGCUGCAGGAAGGUGAUUUGGAAGUCUCAUCAAGAGCAAUGAGCAUGUAGCUUUCUAGCUUAGCUUGUAAGAAGGAUUUUGUUUAUCCUCUCGUUUUUUCCGCCCUGAUUAUAUUGUAACAGUUGAUUCAUUCACCAUUUCUAGUUGACAUUUUCUCAUUAUAGAUAGGGAUAUCUGAGUUGACUGGGGAUAGAGAAAAUAAGAGGAGUAUAGUAGCAUAUAAGCCUAGAUGGCCAACAUAGAUACUUCCCAUGCGACACAGGCAGUUUGUUGUACACUAAAAAUGGUGUUUUACACUUCUGUAUCUAUUUAUCAAAGAAAUAGCUCAUUUUACCAUCUCUUUGGUCA